UCGCCACUACGAUGUUACCCACUUGCGACUAUUCAUUAUUGUGGACCAGUAGAGAUGUUUUCUCUUUUAUUGUUUUAUUUUAUUUGUGGUAACAAUGCCUUUGGAAUAUCAGCGGAUAAGAUGAUUGCUAAAGGCAAGUGGUCAAUACAAGCAAUCGAGAAGUGUCCGGAACCCGAGCAGUAUUAUCUGCAGUAUGAGGUGAGCAAGAGAAAGCUGACGCGCAUGAAGGACGGCUUCGAUGCCGACUUCCAGCUGGCUAUUACAAUGGAUGAGACUUUCAGUAUGCAUGCAGAGAUGUGUCAAUUCGUCGACGGCGGUUGCAAGCCAUUCCAAGAGUUCGACGAGGAUUGUUUCGUGUGCUUCAUAAACAAGUACGCGGAGAGCAACGCAAAGAAACUCCUCAGCAUGGCCGACAUCGACCCGCCAGAGUUCCCUGUCGCACCGGGCGAGUACGCAGUAACCGGCUACGACUUCGACUACUGCGAGCUGCCACAAGACGGCGUGGUGGGCACGUUCGGCGUGACCGGCUACGUGAUGAACGGCUCGGAAGCACUCUUCUGUUGUUACAUGAUAGCAGAGUUCGUUGAAUUGGACGAAGACGAAAGCAACGAGUGUGUAUAACUUAAUGUCGAUAUUAAAUGUGUUUCCAAUUAA